AACCGACGGGACUCCAGCUUUCCAAGAUUUUAGCUGGGUACGAGGUUCCCGACAACUUAUUUAAAUGCUCAUUCUGAGUUCAUUUGCAGGAUCAAAAAUAAAAAUAAGGACUAAAGUAACUGCAGCAACUUCAACAACCAUGUUCCUGAUCGUAGUUAAGCCGCGGUACCGGAACCACGGAACGCGGUCCCAACCCGGGAACCGACGGAGCAGCGCCAUAGGGGCACUUAAGACUGCUGGGUCUCCGCCCAGUUUUUCUUGCUCCACUAACACCUUCCGCUUCGCCAGCUCCAGAGCGGAACCUUUUUUGCAUCUCUACGUAGUUGAAACGGGGGACCUAUUUCAUCAACACCAUCCUGGAAGGUCAACAUGGCGGCGGCCGCGAGAUACCUCAGUAGAGUCUUGACACAACAUCAAAGGUACAGUCUUUCCACAGUGGUCCAUCAGACAUCUCCUUACCCUUAUUCUGUGAACAUUCUGUUGCCUAACAGACAUUUUGCUGCUGUUGCUGCAAAGUCUGCAAAAAAAAUUAAAAAAGAUGCCAAAGAAAAGACAUCAGAUGAAAAACCAGAUGAGAUAGAAAAAUUAAAGUCAUACACCUACAUGGAAAAUGAGCCUGAGGAUGAUGUCUAUUUAAAGCGCUUGUACCCCAGGCGGAUCUAUGAUGUGGAGAAAGCUAUUCACUUACUUAAGAAAUUUCAAGUUCUGGACUUCACUAAUCCAAAGCAAGGUGUUUAUCUUGAUUUAACACUGGAUAUGGCAUUGGAGAAAAAGAAAAAAGUGGAGCUGUUUGCCAGUGUUAUUAGUUUUCCAUAUCCUUUUACUUCAGAAGUCAACAGAGUUGCCGUAUUUACCAGGAACACAUCAGAUAUUAAAAUAGCAGAAGAAAAUGGAGCUGCAUUUGCAGGAGGAACUGAUCUGAUUCAGAAGAUUUUGAAUGAUGAAAUUGUUGUAGACUUUUAUGUAGCUGUUCCAGAAAUGAUGCCUGAACUUAAUCCAUUAAAGAAGAAACUGAAAAAGAGAUUUCCCAAGUCUACUAGAAAGUCUGUUGGCCGGGAUAUCCCCCAAAUGCUUGAAUUAUUUAAAGCUGGACAUGAAAUUAUGGUAGAUGAAGAAAGGCAGAACUUCCUCAGCACUAAAAUAGCAACAUUGGAUAUGCCAAGUGACCAGAUAGCUGCCAAUCUGCAAGCAGUAAUUAAUGAUGUCUGUAGGCACAGACCACUGAAUCUGGGUCCCUUUGUAGUCCGCAUGUUCCUCCGUAGUUCAACCAGUGAAGGAUUGCUCCUGAAGACUGACCCAUUGUUGCCCAAAACAGUUGAUAGCAAAGAAAAUAACAAAGGAGCUGCUGGAAAGGACUGAGCUGUGAAAUUUUUUAGGUAGAUCAAAAAACAACAGAGGAAAUUAUAAAACUGUAUAAUUCCUACA